GAUGCUCACAAACUAUCUUCAUCUCAAACUUUAAAUCAAAAUGUCAUAUUGGAACUGGGCUUUUGUUCUUUUCGUUUUAAUUUCUGUUAAUUGUAGCACAACUUUAUCUGAAUCCGACCCGAUUACCCAACAGAAACUAGACCAAGUUUCUAACCUUCCUGGUCAAAGUUUCACUGUUGACUUUGAUCAUUAUGCUGGGUAUGUGACUGUGAAUGAAGAAUCUGGAAGAGCUUUGUUUUAUUGGAUGACUGAGGCCACUCAUGAUCCUUCUUCAAAGCCUCUCAUUCUUUGGCUUAAUGGAGGGCCGGGAUGUUCAUCGAUUGCGUUUGGAAUGGCUGAAGAAGUUGGGCCAUUUCAUGUAAAUGAAGAUGGGAAGUCUGUUUAUUUGAAUCCGUAUUCUUGGAACACUGUGGCAAAUUUGUUGUUUCUUGAUUCUCCUGCUGGAGUUGGAUAUUCUUAUUCUAAUACCUCGUCGGAUAUUACUAGCAAUGGGGAUAAUAGAACCGCUGCGGAUUCACUUCAAUUUCUAUUGAAUUGGCUUGAACGAUUCCCUCAAUAUAAAGGAAGGGAUUUCUAUAUAGCAGGCGAGAGCUAUGCAGGACAUUAUGUUCCUCAAUUAAGCCAAGCCAUUGUGAGAUAUAACAAAGCAAAUGCAGGAAGUCCGAUUAAUCUUAAGGGUUACAUGGUGGGGAAUGCCUUGACAGAUGAUUAUAAUGAUCAUGUUGGGCUUUUCGAAUUUAUGUGGGCUACUGGUAUGAUUUCCGACCAAACUUACAAGAAAUCUAACGAACUAUGUGACAGGGAAUCGUUUAUUCACUCCUCACCUGAGUGCGGCCAGAUAAUCGAUAUUGCUUCUCGAGAAAUGGGUAACAUUGAUCCUUAUAGCAUCUUUACUCCUAUUUGCACCGCCAACGGUGUCACUACUCGGCUUUUGAGAAAAUGGCGUAAGGUCAAGCAUAUUCGGCAGACUUAUGAUCCUUGCACCGAACAACACUCCACGAUUUACUUCAAUUUACCCGAGGUUCAAAAUGCACUUCAUGUUCAUCACGGUAACAGUUCAAGAACCUGGGAAACCUGCAGCGAUGAUGUAGGGAUGAACUGGGAAGAUUCUCCUGUAUCCGUGCUUGAUGUCCAUCAAGAACUCAUAAGUUCAGGGCUACGUAUUUGGAUAUACAGUGGUGAUACAGAUGCAGUGAUUCCUGUUACGUCUACACGUUAUAGCGUAGAUGCUCUCAACCUUACCGCAAUCAGCCCGUGGAGCGCUUGGUAUGAUGAUGGCCAGGUGGGAGGAUGGACACAAAUGUAUGAAGGGUUGACAUUUGUAACGGUGAGAGGAGCCGGGCAUGAGGUGCCUUUGCAUAAACCGAAGUUAGCACUCAACCUUGUCAAGUCUUUCUUAGCGGGAACCUCCAUGGCACAGUUUAUUGAGCCAGGGCCGAGUCUAAAACUUCUGCUUCACAACUAGUUAAUGGCUUGUAAUGAUACCUUGUGCCUUCUGAGCAUGGUGAUCAGUGGUCUAACACUUGUGCUGACAUGAAUAAAUUGGCUUUCGUCUUUAUACGAACGUUUUUUA